AAAGAAGGGGGACAUUUUUACCCACUAAAAUUGAUGAAAGCAAUUGAGAAAGACAUGGAGUACCAGAGGCCAUGUGACCUACAGUAACCUCCCCAGAUGGAUGUGAAAAAAGUCUCUCAAAAGGCCCUUAAAAAUAUUUUUGUGAGAGCAAUCCCAUGCAAUCAUCACCUUUUAGGUUUGCACCACAGUGCAAUAAUCAGAUCUUGAGGUAAGGAUUUAGAAAUAGCUACAUUUUGUUACCUUCCCAUUAAAUGUAAUGUACAAAUAUAAUGUAUAUUUGCAUGCAAAGAAAGUGCCCAGUUUUCCAACCAAAUAUUACAAAUAUCAAGGAAAAGUGAUUAAACACUGACAAAAUUAUUACUGAUGAGCUCCAGAGGGGCACCUGGGCUGCUCAAGUGCCCUUCUUUUGUGAAAAUGAAGCAUUGAAGUGUAACAUUAGGGCGCAGAUACACAGUAUCCUGCUAAAAUAAGGUAUGGAAGAGAAGGCACUUAGGAACUCAUAGCACCACUUUUUAGUGUCCUAAUUUGAUAAAAAAUGGUUCUCAACCAGUGAUGCAGUGAUACAUUUAAAGUCCCCCUCCACUCAAAAUUGUGUAUUGCCUAUUGUCACUUCACUUGGAUGUUUGAUCUUCACUGUGCAGAAUGAUGUAUGUGCAGAGUUUGACACUCAAAGGCUGUUUUAGCAUUCAUCUGCUGAAGGGGGAAAGUUUCUCUGUAUUCACCUUAAAUCUGACACGUGUACGUAAUAGGAACUAGUUUAGAAGCAAAUUGUAGUAUGCAACUUACAUAAGUGUGAUGAGGAUACAUCUUAUGUCCAGUAGUUAAAGGAAACACAUUUACAGAUUCAGUUUGUUUUUUUCCGUGAGGGAGAAGGAGUGGAUGUACUUUUUAUAAACGAGUUAGUUAGUAUUUAGUUUUUUUUUGUGGAGAAACCAUAUAAGACACACACAAUUAUUAAAAGCACAUAUCUUAAAACAUGUCUGAAGGGGAUUUUUAAAGGUGGACUUCAGCAAAUGAUCUGAUCCUCUACUCGCUAACAUUGAACAGCUUCAUUGCAUGUCUCAGAAUGUUAGUUUGAAAAGCUGGAUGUGAUGCUAAAUGGGCCUACUGCGCAGCGGCCCAGGGGCCCAAUGGGUCAGGGGGCCCCUGGUCUUCACCUACGAAAUGUUUCUGAAAGAGAUGCAAAACGACUACAAAGAGACACCAAAUGACUGUAGUUUGCUGCGCAGAUUGCAGACUUUUUUAGUCUGUCUUCUUGCCUUUAUUUAGAAGGGGUGAGGGGCCUUUUACAUGUCUGUGCCCAGGGGCCCAUUGUCUCAUAAUCUGUCCAUGAGUUUAUCUUCUGCAUCCCUGGUCCCAUGCAAAGAAAUGUGACAAUUGUCAGAUGAUUGAGACCUAUAGCUCACAGCUGCAUUAGGAGUUACACAUAAAAAACAGCCACAUGUUCUCCCGCUGUAGUGAAACCAGUCCUGGGACUGGUUUCCUAGCUCCUUCUUUUCACUCCAUCACUUGACGGAGGACAGGCGGUGUGAGAGCAUCCUCCUCUCCACUGAGUACCGGACGGCCCCUCCACACUGUGGCAGCAGGGCUACUGCAGCGCAGCGCAGCGCACCGGAGCGGAGCUGGAGGAGAGGAGAGGAGAGAAGCAAACAGGAGAAGAGAAGAGGAGGAGGAGGAAGAAGGACGGACUGUCUACCCUCCGACAGCUAGGAUUGUACUCUGCAGCAUCCCGUCGCUUCAACAUGUCUCUGGGGAUUAAAACAAUCGCUGGGAUUACUGCGCUGCUCAUCUCGCUCGUGCUCUGCUCCUGUGGGACAGGUGGAGAAGAGGUAUGUGACAGCCCUAUGGUGACCAAUCUGCCGCCGUCAUCAUUCAGAAGCUCCUCCCAAUUAACCAGCAGCCAUGGGCCGGUGUUUGCUAAGGUCAACAGGAGAGAAGGAGCUGGAGGUUGGUCUCCUCUCAUCUCAGACAGAUACCAGUGGUUGGAGGUGGAUCUGGGGAGGCGGACCCAAAUCACUGCUGUUGCCACGCAGGGCCGCUACGGCAGCUCCGAUUGGCUGACGGCUUACCUGUUGAUGUUCAGUGACACAGGACACAACUGGAGACAACACCGACAGGAAGACAGCUUAGGGGCUUUUCCAGGUAACACUAAUGCAGACACUGUGGUCCAGUACAAACUUAAACAGCCGGUGAUAGCUCGCUACCUCCGCCUGAUUCCUCUGGACUGGAACCCCACUGGGAGGAUUGGACUCAGACUGGAGAUAUAUGGAUGUCGAUAUACUUCUGACGUGGCGAGCUUCGAUGGCAGCAGCAGCCUGGUCUACAGGCUGAGUGUGAGGCAGACCUUACCGGCGAUGGAGGUCAUCUCCCUGAAGUUUAAAACCCUUACAAAUUCUGGGACGCUGCUCCAUGCAGAGGGACAGAGAGAUCAUAGCCUCACUCUGGUGUUGGAGAAAGGACGGCUGCUGCUCUACCACCAACAAGGUGUGAGUUCAUCAUCUGGCGGUCAGCUUCUUGUUUCUCUGGGAAGUCUGCUUGAUGACCAGCACUGGCACCAUGUAAAGCUGGAGCGGCUCAGCACUCACCUCAACCUCACCGUGGAUAAAAACACUCAUCAGGUUCACAUACCAGCUGAGCUCAGCCACUGGGACAUUCACCAGCUAAGUCUGGGAACAGUCCAGGGCCAUGGACUGCAAAAACCCAUCCUGUCCAACAGGAACUUCCAUGGCUGCCUGGAAAACCUGCUGUAUAACAACCUCAACCUGAUAGACCUGGCUAAAAAGAACAACCACCAGGUCUCUGUAGUGGGCAAUGUGACCUUUUCUUGUGCUGAGCCAGUUUCAGUCGCUGUGACGUUCACUGACUCACAGAGCUUCCUACAGUUGCCAGGACUGACAUCGUGGUCAUCGGGAGUUGUCUCUGUAGCGUUGCAGUUCCGGACGUGGAACAAGGCAGGUCUUCUCUUGACCUUUGACCUCCCGCAGCAGGAGGGUACAGUCUGGCUGUACCUUAGUGAGGCCAGACUCCGCCUACAGAUCAAUAAAGUUGGCAGGGCCCAGCUGGAGCUCAGCGCAGGCUCAGGUCUGAAUGAUGGUCAGUGGCAUUCUGUGGAGCUGAACUCCAGACAAGAUCAUUUAAGCAUCACAGUGGACAGAGACAAAGGAGCCACCGCUCACACCAGCAUCCCACUUCCUCUAACCACAGAGAGUCAACUCUUCUUCGGUGGUUGUCCUAUUCAGGAGAGCAGUCAGGCGUGUAGGAAUCCCUUCAAAGUGUUUCAGGGCUGUAUGCGUCUCCUGAUUUUGGAUAACCAACCUGUUGACCUGAUCAAGGUGCAACAAAGGCUGCUGGGAAACUACAGCCACUUGCAGAUUGAUAUGUGUGGCAUCAUCGACAGGUGCUCCCCCAGUCACUGUGAACACGGAGGUAGAUGUACUCAGUCAUGGACCACCUUCCACUGUAACUGCUCCAACAGCGGCUACAGAGGAGCCACCUGCCACAGCUCGACAUACAAACAGUCAUGUGAGGCGUACAAACACAAAGGCAACACAUCAGGACAUUAUUACAUAGACGUUGACGGCAGUGGACCAAUCAAACCCCAGCUCAUCUACUGUAACAUGACAGAGGACAGGGCAUGGAUGGUGAUCCAGCACAAUAACACAGAACUGACCAGAGUGGAUUCAUCUCCUGAGAGAAACCAACAUUUAACCCACUUUGAUUACGCUUCUGAAGAGGAGCAGUUAGCAGCCAUCAUCAGCCAAUCAGAACACUGUGAGCAGGAACUGUCCUACCACUGCAGGAAGUCCCGCCUCCUCAACACACCAGAGGGUGUUCCGUUCAGCUGGUGGGUGGGAGGUCUGGGUCCAGGUCAGGUCCAGACGUACUGGGGUGGGGCUCUGCCGGGCAGCCGGAAGUGUGCCUGUGGUCUGCAGGACAACUGUCUGGAUUCAAAUAACUACUGCAACUGUGAUGCUGACUAUGACCAAUGGGCUGAUGACUCAGGCCUGCUCACCCAUAAGGAGACCCUCCCAGUCAGGUCUCUGGUUCUGGGUGACAUCCAGCGGCCAGGGUCAGAGGCUGCCUACAGGGUGGGACCACUCCGUUGUCAUGGAGACAAGAACUUCUGGAACGCUGCGUUUUUUGACAAGGAGACAUCUUACCUUCAUUUUCCCACCUUCCAUGGAGAGCUGAAUGCAGACAUCUCCUUCCUUUUUAAAACAACGUCCUCCUCUGGGGUCUUCCUGGAAAAUCUAGGCAUUAAGGACUUCAUCCGGAUCGAACUCAGCUCAUCCUCAGAGGUCGUCUUCUCUUUCGACGUGGGAAAUGGUCCGCUGGAGGUGCGAGUGGAGACAAGCGUCCCGCUGAAUGACAACCGGUGGCACAGUGUGCGAGCUGAGCGAAAUGUAAAGGAAGCAUCACUACGUGUCGACGAGUUUCCUGCCGCCACACAGGAGGCUCCUGCUGAUGGACACAUUCAUCUGCAGCUCAACAGCCAGUUAUUCAUAGGAGGAACUGCGUCCAGACAGAAAGGCUUUCUGGGCUGCAUCCGCUCUCUGCAGCUGAACGGCGUCACUCUGGACCUGGAGGAGAGGGCGAAGAUCACCCCAGGGGUACGACCUGGAUGCCCAGGCCACUGCAGCAGCUACGGCUCGCUCUGCCAGAACCAGGGUCGCUGUGUGGAGAGAGCCAGUGGUUUCUCCUGCGACUGUGGCCAGUCAGCCUAUACUGGAUCCUUCUGCAAUAAAGAGGUUUCAGCCAGCUUUAAGUCGACCUCGUCCAUCGCCUACAUCCUCAAGGAGCCCUAUGAACUGAGCAGGAACAGCAGUGCCUUGCCUUCCUUCAUCUACUCUGAUAUGACGCUGAGAGGAGAAAACAUCUCCCUGAGCUUCAGGACGAGCCAGAGUCCUGCUCUGCUGCUCUACGUCAACUCUUUCUACAGGGAAUACCUGGCCCUGCUUAUCAACAGACAUGAUGAGCUGGAAUUGAGGUACAAGUUGCACAGCAGCAGAGAUGUGGAGGUGCUGGGGAGCAGAGUCACGAACUUGGCUGAUGGACGUCUGCACACAGUGACCAUCAGGAGACUGGCGGACACUGUCACUGUUCAGAUUGACCACAAUGCCAGAGAAGACUUCAACUUGACAUCUGAUGUGGAAUUCAACAGCAUCAAAUUGCUCAUUCUAGGCAGAGUGCAGGAGCCUGAUGAGUUGGAUGCAGAGCUGGCCAGGCUGGCCUCUCUUGGGUUCACGGGCUGUCUGUCAGGUGUUCGCUUUAACUCCAUCAGCCCUCUGAAAGCUGCUCUGCUGCACCAUGACAGCCCUGUUAUUGUCACCGGCCCAUUGGCCCAGUCGAGCUGUGGUUCCUCCUCUCCAGCCAAUCCCUACGCAGCAGAAACCACUAACUCCUUAUCAGACCAACCUGGGUCAGUGGAUCCAGGUCAACCUUUAGUCAACGCCAUCAGGAGUGACUCAGCUCUAAUUGGAGGGGUGAUCGCUGUGGUGAUCUUCGUCACUGUGUCUGCAUUGGUGAUAAUGGCCAGAUUCAUCUGCGGCAGGAAAGAGACAUAUCAAAACCAGGAGGUCAAAGCAACACAGCCUGAAGAUGGCCAUGAGUUCCCCUUCAGCAGCCAGGCAGAUUCUCAGAGCGCUCCCUGUGAAAACCAAAAGGAGUAUUUUAUUUAGCAGGAGCCCUGACCUCCCACUGACCUGACAGAGCAGGAUGAUUUAUCAAGAGCUCAGUACUUUAGUAGAUACACAAAGCCCCUCAACCACUGGUACCAGUGGACCAACAAGAUGUGAAGUCAAAAACAGAACAAUUUAUGAUUUUCUUCAUUUCCUUUCUGCUGUAAUUUUGAGUAUGUAAAUAUUUAAAAAUGUAAAUGGUAAUUUGUGUGCUUAUAACAAUAUUUCUCUGCCAUAUUGAAAUGUUUAAAAUAAUUUAUUAAAAGGAAACAUGCAGAAUAGAUGUGAUGAUCAAGACACAACUAUGUUCCAGUUAAACUAGACUUUUGGACUUUGUGUUAAUUUAUAAAAAAGCACUUUUUCUACAAGGACAAUGAACCUUCUGUGAAAUUUGAGAUGUCAGAGCCAUACAGUAUGUGUCAAAAUAUGGGAAGACGGAUUCAACUGACCGGAGGGUUGACACGUGAGGAUUGACACAUCUACACAUAAGAGUUCAGCCAAAGUACAGUCCCAGAAUCAACUAAAAUCUUUCAACACCUGCUGUAUAUAUAAAGUCACUCUAAAAAAGUAACUUCCACACUUUGUGUUUGAGUUAGUCAGAAAGUUUUUAUGUUACUUGCUGUGCUUUUUCUUUAUAUCAUGAGAAAAAUAAAAGCUUUACAAUGAGA